CACACACAAGUCAGCAAGCACAUCACUAGUCAGUACUCACAGCCAGAAUCAGCUCGAUCGUUGAUCCUCCUGCAUGCCAUGGGCGACCGCAAGAUGGCGUCGUUGCUGCUACUGCUCUGCCUCUUCUCCCUCCUCUUCGCCGCGGCGCCCCGGUGCGCGGCGUACAGCCCGCGGACGCUGUUCCUGGUGAAGCCCGACCCGAUCGUGCUCCGGGACCACGGCGGCGCGCUGCUCACGGGGAACCUCACGGUCAAGGUCAACGUCCUCUACUACGGCCGCUUCGCCCCCGCGCAGCGCGCCGUCGUCGCCGACUUCGUGCGGUCGGUCUCGGCGCCGGCCCCGGGCGGCGGCGCCGAGCCGUCCGUGGCGUCCUGGUGGCGCACCGUCUCGCUGUACCGCGGCGGGGGCGCGCGGCUGAGGCUCGGCCGGGAGCUCCUCGACGAGCGCAUGUCGCUGGGCCGGUCCCUCUCGCUGGAGAACGUCACGGCGCUGGCGAGGGGCGCGGGGCACCACCGCGGCGCCAUCACCGCCGUGCUCACGGCGCCCGACGUCCUGGUGGCGCCCUUCUGCAUGUCCCGGUGCGGCGUCCACGACCACGCCACCGCCGGCGCGCACGGCAGGGCGAGGUACGCCUACCUGUGGGUGGGCAACCCGGCCCAGCAGUGCCCCGGCCAGUGCGCGUGGCCGUUCCACCGGCCGUCGUACGGGCCCCAGGCCCCGCCGCUCGUGCCGCCCAGCGGCGACGUGGGAACGGACGGCAUGGUGAUCAGCCUCGCCGCGCUCCUCGCCGGCACGGUGACCAACCCCUACGGUGACGGGUACUACCAGGGCAAUGAUGCCGACGGCGCCGGGCCGGAGGCCGCCACGGCGUGCGCCGGCAUCUUCGGCAGCGGCGCCUACCCCGGCUACCCGGGGAGGCUGCUCGUGGACCGGGCCACCGGCGCGGGCUACAACGCCGUCGGGCUGAGCGGGAGGAAGUACCUGCUCCCGGCGCUGUGGGACCCGACAACGUCGCAGUGCAGGACGCUUGUGUAGACGCCGUGGGAGCAGGCAAAAUGGAUGGUCUCGCACUCUAGCUGCAUGAGAUCCGGAGGAGAAAUAAAUGCCCUCCUCCAUUUAUUUUUCAGUCCAUUGUAGUGUAGUUCACUUUGUUGCAUUUACUUGUUUGAUCCGUACCCGUUGCAAUGUGUUUUCUGAAGCAGCAGAGGUUGUAUUGUACUCCGUGUGAGUUGUCAUGCAUCGCAGUAUGCGAGUAUGAAUGACUUUCCAUGCAUGUUUAUUUUCAGAGGUGCUUCUCGACACA